AUGGCUGCGAACGCCACACAAGACCAGGAGUUGCCAGUCCUCAUUAUCGGCGCGGGCAGCUGUGGACUUGCCAUUGCGAAUGGGCUUAAGAAUGCCGGCAUCCCGUACAAAGUCUUUGAGAAGGACCUUUCCGUGAAGCUUCGCGACGACAAGAAGUCGCGCGACUGGGCUAUAGCAUGUCACUGGUCCUCACCCACCCUGGCGGAGCUGCUCGGCGAGGCGAAAUGGUCGCGCAUAAUAGAGGCCCAGGUCGACCCCAAUACGCCCACCCCGGACCUGGACAUCGCCAAGAUGUUCAACGGCGCAACGGGCGAGAUCAUGACGACUCUCCCUUUCCCCAAGUUCUACCGAUUCCUGCGCUCCCGCCUGCGCGCCCUCAUGGCCGAGGACCUGGAUAUCGUCUACGGCAAGAAGCUGGUCUCGCUCUCCUACCACAACAACACCGCCACCACCACCACCGAUGGCAGCAAUGCUUCCCCGUACGCCGUCGCUCAUUUUGAGGACGGCACCGAGGCCCGGGGGCGCCUCGUCAUCGCGGCCGACGGCAGCAACUCCAAGGUGCGGAGCCUGCUGCUGGGCGCCGAGACGGCCAAGCCGAAGCGGCUGCCGCUGGCGGCGACCUUCAUCAACGCCAGCUUCACGCGGGAGCAGGCGCUGUUCCUGCGCUCGUACCACCCGCUCAUCAACGUCAUCGCGCACCCGGACAACAUGCUCGGCAUGCUGGCCAUGCUGGACGCCCCGGACCCGGCGCGGCCCGAGGACUGGCGCUUCUGCUUCUACAUCUCGGGCCAGACCCCCGUCGAGCAGCAGGACGCCGAGAGCGCCGUCAUGGGCGUCCGCGAGCGCCUCGCCCAGGCCAAGGAGCGCAGCAGGGUCUUUGCGGACCCCCUGAAGAGCGCCCACGAGUGGCUGCCCGACGACCUGGAGACGGUGUACUGGACCAGCAACGCGAACUGGGACCCGAGCCUAAAGGAACACGAGUGGGACAACCACGGGGGCCUGGUGACGUUGGCAGGCGAUGCGGCCCAUCCCAUGACCUAUCACCGAGGCCAAGGUCUGAACCACGCGCUCGACGACGCGGGUAAGCUGGUCAAGCUGCUCGUGGACCCGAGCGGCCGGUCGCAGGCCGAGGUGGUCGACGUGUACGAAGCCGAGAUGCGGGAGCGGGCGGGCGGCGAGGUCCAGCUCAGCGAGAUGAACUCGUUCAUGCUGCACGACUGGAACAAGCUGUUCCACAGCCCGUUCAUGAAGAGGGGCCUGACCAAGGGCUCCGGGGAGGCGGAGGGAGCCCCCGCGGAGGCGGGCGAGACGGCCGCGCCAGCGGGGACGAGCGCCUGA